AUGGGUUGUUUCCGGCAAGAGCAGUUGUUACGCUUUUGGGAACUAGAGUCGUGUCAAUCUCAUAGCACUUUAUCGGUAGAAGAAACGCUUUGCGAAGCACAUUUUGCUGCGACAACUACUCGGAAUGAUUCGGGACGAUUUAUAACCCAGCUUCCAAAAAGGUCGACCGUCCUCUCGAAACUCGGAAAUUCUAAGGAAAUCGCCAAACGACGUUUCCUCGCUUUAGAGCGACGUCUUAACGCUAAUCCACAAUUGAAGAAAGCCUAUUCAGACUUCAUCGAGGAGUAUUAUCUGCAAGGUCAUAUGGAGGAGAUAGCCGAAUCGGAAGACCUGGACCCCGAAGUUCCAUCGUAUUAUAUGCCGCAUCACUGUGUCGUCAGACCUGACAGCUUGACUACCAAACUACGGGUAGUAUUCGAUGCUUCAUGUGCUACAGACAGCGGAGUAUCCCUCAACGACGGAUUGAUGAUUGGAUCCCCAGAUACGCGAUUGUGUCGGACAUUGAGAAGAUGUACCGGCAAAGCCACAUACCCAGAAGCAUCCAAAGUCAUAUCCAGAGAUUUUUAUAUGGACGACCUACUAACCGGCAUUGAUGACAUCCAGGAAGGCCAGCAGCUGUGUUCCCAGUUGUUGUAUUUGCUUCAGUCUGCGGGAUUCUGUCUCCGAAAAUGGUCUUCGAACUGUCCACAAGUUCUCGAACACUUCCCAGCAGAUUUACGUGACGAACGAACAGUUUUCAACUUGGAUUCCUCCUCCGCUCCGAUAAAAACGCUAGGAUUGAAAUGGCAGACUACCACUGAUGAAUUCCUCUUCGACGUACCCAAAUGGAACGAUACAGCUUUAAUCACAAAACGGAUCGCGCUGUCGGAUGCUGCCAAAUUAUUCGAUCCGCUUGGGCUUGUCGGUCCGGUAAUCGUACAGGCAAAAAUCUACCUCCAGGACUUGUGGCGAAGUCAGAAGCAAUGGGACGAACCUCUUGACAACGAACUACAACAGCGAUGGCUCGAAUUCCGGAAAAAUCUCGACGCUCUCCGAAACCUUUCUGUUCCUCGAUGGGUUGUACCAGUCGCCAAACCGGUGUCGAUCGAAAUGCAUGGAUUCUGCGAUGCAUCGGAAAAGGCAUACGGUGCGUGCAUCUACCUCCGUGUCCUAGCUGAAGAUGGAUCAGUCUACGUAAACCUUCUCACUGCAAAAUCUAAAAUAGCUCCUCUGGGAGACUCGCGGAAGCAGAAACGUGUCUGCUUACCUCGGUUGGAGCUUUCGGCAGCACUGCUCCUCGCACACUUGUAUCAAAAAGUGCAGAAUGCAAUCACAAUCGUGACGAAGGCAUUCUUCUGGUCGGACUCAACAAUUGUCCUUCAUUGGUUGUCAGGUACUCCGUCCCGCUGGAAAACCUUCAUCGCAAACCGGGUCUCGGAGAUACAGCACGCAACGGCAGCCCUCCACCGUUUAGUUGCGUGGGUUCGAAGAUGUACAUUCAAUGCGAAGCCUACUAACCGUACACAUCGUCGAUUAGAGCUUCUCAACGCAGCAGAACUCGAAGAAGCGUGCAAGUGUCUAGUUCGAAUUGCACAACAAGAAGACUUUCGAGAAGAAUUCACUUCGUUGGAAAACACGGGCGAGGUGAAACCAACGUCCAAACUGAAUGCGCUUACACCGUUUAUCGAAGAAGGUAUCCUGCGAGUUGGUGGCCGGCUGCGGCACGCAAGAGUUUCUCCAGCCCGCAAACAUCCUAUGAUUCUGCCAUCAAAACACCCGUUUUCAGAACUAGUUGCUCGAUACUACCACCAGGAAAUGCUGCAUGCAGGACCGCAAUUACUAAUCGCAUGUCUCAGGGAGAAAUUCUGGCCUUUGCGUGCUCGGAAUCUCGCGCGCAGGAUUGUACAUUCCUGUAUCAACUGCUUUCGCUGUCGUCCAAAGCACCAACAGCAAAUCAUGGGCGAUCUUCCGACUGAACGUGUUUCUCCCACGUUGCCAUUCCUGCGCACAGGUGUCGAUUUGUGUGGGCCUAUAUAUUUCCGCUAUCCUCAACGGAAUUCGCGUCCCAUCAAAGGUUAUGUGGCAGUAUUCGUCUGCCUUUCUAUCAAGGCAGUUCAUAUCGAACUCGUUGGAGACCUUUCAACGGCAUCGUUCCUUGCUGCUCUCAGACGAUUUAUCGCACGUCGAGGAAAACCAAGGCUUAUCGAGUGCGACAAUGCACGAAAUUUCCGAGGUGCUUCUCGGGAGGUGGCAGAAUUGGUCAAGAAGCUCAUUGACCAGCAGUUGCAGAAUGAAGUCAUCCGUUCGUGUUCCGACGACGGCAUCGAUUUUAAGUUUAUUCCUCCUCGUUCCCCGAACUUUGGUGGACUGUGGGAAGCAGCCAUCAAGUCAUUCAAAACCCACCUUAAAUCCACCCUCGGAAACACUAUCCUGACGGCCGAACAGCUGACGACGCUACUAGCUCAAAUCGAGAGCUGCAUGAACUCUCGACCCCUCACCCAGUUAUCGGCUGACCCUGAUGACCUCGAAGUCCUGACCCCAGGACACUUCCUAAUCCAUCGUCCACUCGCAGCGCUUGCUGAACCGUCAUAUGAAGAGCUACCUUUCGAAAGAUUGGACCGCUGGCAGCAACCAAAAACGAAAUGGACCCGCAAGAAGGACAACAUCAGCAUCGGAACCUUAGUUCUGGUGAAGGACGACGGAUUACCACCGCUCAAAUGGCGUUAUGGCAGAGUAACCCAUAUAUUCCUGGGUGACGACGGCAACAUCCGUGUCGUCGUAGUGAAGACCAAAAACGGAGAGUAUAGGCGCGCAAUCUCCAAAAUUUGUGUGCUGCCCAUCGACCAGUCAACACCACCUGCCGCGAACGAAGCUGCGGGUGACCUCUGA